GAUGAGUUGAGGGAUCAAUGAUAAUGAAUUUUUAGUUGAGGGAUUAUUGCUUCAAUGAAGUUAAAGUUGAGGGACCAUUGAACCAAUAGAGAUUAAAUUUGUUAUUCUUGACUAGCACCAUAGUAAGCUUGAUUUCGUAGAAUGGACUAAGCGUAUGUUAGCCUUGUGGCUCAAAUGAUUCAAAUAUUCAUCUGCUCGGCAUCAGAUAUUGUUUAUUCAUUUUGUAUUAAACAAAUUGAUAAUAUGAAUAUGAAUAUUAAGUAUCAGAUGACUGUUUUAGAGAUAAUCUGUAACUAUUAUUAAAAAAAAAAAAAAAAAAAAAAAAUCAUGAUUCGGUAUAAAAUUUGUACGAUAAAAAUGUGACUUUAACCAUAUACUCAACUCCACGACAGCAACUUAGAUUAAAUAUUACCUUAGACUUUCACGGAUAAAGAAACGCCGUCGUUUAGUCGUUGAAAACCAACUACCUUCUCUUCCGUUUUUGGAUAAGUCGUUACCAACACAAGGAGGAAGCGAAAAACCGUGAACCGCCGCCGUGUUGUUGUAAAUUGUAGAAAUGGAGAUAACAAGGAGCUUCCUCCUCCAUUCUUCUUGCUCCAAGCUCUCAUUCCGCACUCCCUUACGCCACUCUCGAGUUGUGGCUUCCAGUUUCUCAAUUCCGAUUACCUCUCGCACCCACAUCCGAAAACCUCUCGCCGCUUCAUGCUCCGCCUUCGACAGCGGCGAUUCCAGCUCAGCAGCCAAGGUUUCUGUAGCUGACCUCUCUUCUGCAGUAAAGAACAAGGCAAUGGAUAUAACCCCUGAGCUGAGAGGAACUUCCAUAUUUCUUGUGGGCAUGAAGAGCUCCAUGAAAACCAGUUUGGGGAAGCUCCUAGCCAAUGUGUUGCGAUAUUAUUACUUUGACAGUGAUAGUUUGGUUGAGGAAGCUGCAGGAGGUGAAUCUGCUGCCAAAUUACUUAGGGUGGCUGACACAAAUGGUUUUCGGGAAUCCGAGACUGAAGUAUUGAAGCAACUGUCAUCCAUGGGUCGAUUGGUGGUUUGUGCCGGAGAUGGUGCAGUUCAAAGUUCAACUAAUCUGGCUCUUCUGAGGUAUGGAAUCUCUAUAUGGAUUGAUGUACCUGUAGACUUGGUGGCCAGGGGCAUGAUCGAAGAUCAAAGUCAGCUUCCUGCACUCAACCUAUCUGCUUCAGCAUCUUAUCAAGAGGUUUUGACUCACCUAAGUACUUCGUACGAAGAAGUGAGAGGUGGAUACGAAACUGCUGAUGCAACCGUUUCCGUUGAAAAACUAGCUUAUAAAUUAGGUUAUGAACUUAUGAUGACCUUGGUGAUGUAACGACAGAAAACAUGGCUUUGGAGGUUCUCAAGGAGAUAGAGAAACUGACCAGAGUAAAGAAGAUGAUGGAAGCGGCCGCGAGACCUUUUUAACAGUCCGGUGGUAUAGAUCCCCAUUUUCAUCAAUUGGAAUUAGUUUCUUCUGUAAACCCCAAAUUUUGGGGAUAGCAAUCAGAGGUUUCGUUUCGUGGAUGUCUUGUGUAGGCUACAAUUAUGUGCAUGCCGUAAGUAUGUUUUCUACCAUCCCUUUUAUUGCUCUCUGUCUUUGCUAUACCCAAAAAUUGCAUCGCAGGGAAAAAGUCGUCGUCGGGGGAGGAGGAAGGAGAAGCACUUCUUUUCAUCCUCCCCUCCGCUCCAUUCCGCUCCCCCUUUUCAUUUUUCUGUUCUAUUGUGGUGAAUAAUAUUUCCCUUGUGGUGACUAAGUCAAUCCUUCUCGCCGAAUCCUCCCUCUUAGUGUGGGUUUGUCAAGAGAUGGGGUAGAAUUGUUGUGACAUGGGUUUUCUAGAUUAUAGUGCGGCUUUUGUCCAUGUUAAUUUGCUCUUUUGGGUUUCUUUCUGGUUAAUGUCUUAUAGUGGCGUUGGUCCGGUUUAUCUUUAUGCAACUGGUAGCUUUGUUGGUGGUUUUGUGCGUAAAGUCUCUAUUGGAGUGGUCACUAUUUGUUUCUUUUACGAUUUUUCAUUGGAAUCGACGUUGCUUGUAUGUAAAGAGUGCUCUUUAUCAAUUUUAUUAACGAUUUUGUACGUAAAGUUUCUCAUGUGGCGUAUUAUGAGGCCUUGGUGUUUUAUUUUGA